AUCUUUGGUGUUACACUAGCAGAUAGCAUCAAUUGUGUAAAAUCCCCCACUACUCUACAGGAUAGAGAUGGUGUGAGGAGAAUCUACGGAUACGUACCGGUUGUUAUUGCUAAAGCAGGCGCUUUCUUGAAAGUGAAAGGCCUAUACGUUGAAGAAAUCUUUGCUACCCCCGGAAAUCCCGUACGAAUAAGCAAACUACAACAAAAAUUUGACUCUUCCCUAGAAUAUGGCAGGAGUCUCGUUUGGGACGGAUAUACUGUCCACGACGCAGCCGGAAUCUUUCUACGAUACCUGAAGAGUCUUCCCGAACCUAUCGUUCCCUACAAUUGCUAUGCUGGAUUCAUAGACGGGCUGACACCGUUUGUCGACCGAGAACUGACCGGUGGGGAAUCUGCUGAGGCGUUAAAGGUAGCAACAGAUCUCAUUACGCCGAUGCCGCCAUACAAUCGCCAACUCUUGCUUUGGAUACUUGAUAUCAUCCGGGGAUUUGCAAUUCAUUCUGAAAUCAACAAGAUGACAACACCCAGGCUGAUCAGCGUCUUCCAACCCUCGAUAAUCUCUGGGCCCCCGGAUGAGAUGGACGCCGAGGAACAUCAUGCUGCAGCUAGUGUAGCGAUUCUGUUGCUCAGAUAU